AUCGACAGUAGUUGGAUCCACCCCAGUCAAUGGACUCCAUCUGCUCCCUCCAACUUAGAAGUUGAUCAUGUGGUAGAAGCGAAUGAGUCGGGGGACCCCGUGCCAGUGUUCAGAAUCAGCUGGACAGUGGCCCCUGAUGUGGCAGUUUGUCUGCAGCAACUUUAAGGUUGAUCCCGAGCAAAUGUAUGAUGUGACUGUCCAGCACCUGCCCAGGCUGGUUAACUCCGACCUUAGGAACAGUAAAGAGAUGUCUAUCAUUGUACCAGGGUGCAGAGACAAAAGGAUGAGUAAAAUGAAGACUUGUUGCCAGCACGCCCACUUCUGAUGACGUCACUUCCCAUUUCCAGCAAC